AUGAAUCAUUUUUCCCUAAACUCUCCCGGGUUUGUUAACCUAUUAAAUUCCCAGAGCUGUCAACCAAUAGACGUAGAGUCUUCUGAGGUUCCUAGGUUUAGUAUCCAGAGAUCCGAAGAUCCUAAACCGGUGGAAAGGAGAAAGCAGACACCAAAAGAAGACAUUCUUCUCAUCAGUGCUUGGUUGAACACCAGCAAGGAUCCCAUAGUGAGUAAUGAGCAGAAGGCUGGAGCGUUUUGGAAGAGAAUAGAGAAGUAUUUCAAUUCAAUCCCUCAGCUCAGUGGCGUGUGCAAGUUUGUGGGAAGCUAUGAGGCCGCUUUGAAGGAGCAAGCUAGUGGCCAAAAUGAGAAUGAUGUCAUGAAGGCUGCCCAUGACAUCUUCUUAAAUGACUACCAGGCUAAGUUCAGCCUUGAACAUGCGUGGAGGGAACUUAGGUUUGAUCAGAAAUGGAGAUCAAACUGUCUGUCCAGAGAUGGUGUAAAGGACAAAAGGAAGGAAGCUGCGGGGAUGGUGCCUGACGAGGAAGAGGUUAGGCCUCCUGGUGUUAAGGCUUGCAAAACAGUCAAACGCAAGAAGCAUGGGAAAGAAACAGCUUUUGAUCAACUACACAGCAUGCUUGUUGUGAAAGAGAACAUAGGCAAACAAAAACUUCUUGAUCGUCUCCUUGCCCGAAAAGAUACACUCUCUGAUAUAGAAGUGUCUCUGAAGAACAAACUCGUUUCUGAAAUGCUAUGA